UUAGAAUUUUAGACGUAUCUCAGUAUUAUUUACAUUGAAUAGUCUAGCCUAUCGUGUGUAUAUGUAACGUAACAUAAAAUAUGAUGGUCCAUCAGCAAUGUACUACUAGACACAGGAAUCAUGGGAAGGGGGAUAAUCCCUCAUUGCCUGGUAAUUAUUCCACAAAACUGUAUCAAGCGUCGAAAAUCAGUCAUUAGCAUCGUUUUCUUAGAAACGGCUGAAGAAGAAAUGUAGUUCUUGGGCGAAAUGACAACGUUUUCUGGCGGACGAUAUGAUGUCCUGAGAGAUCAGUCUGAUAACGAAAGCCCCGAAGAAGAGGAGGAUUUACAUGAAGUCCCAAAGUCAAACGAAAAAAAAAAGAAGAAGAAAAAGAAAAAGAAGAAGCAAGGAGAUGAAUCCGGCAACGGAGCUUUGAAACCUGAUCGAACAGAAGCGGAAAAAGUGGUUGUAUCUGCGACACAACAUUUAACGAAGAACAACAACAAGAAGAAAAGUGCCAACCAAGGCAUUCUCUCAUCUGAAUUUAAUUUCACGCUUCCAAAAGGCACCAAUAAAAAAGGAAAGGAAACACAUAACGACGAAGAAGGAGAAGAAGAAGCUAGCACAGGUAUUCUUUCAUCUGAAUCAACUGCAUCGCUUCCAAAACCCAUUGGUGAAGAAGGAAUAGAAACAAACGAUAACAAAGAAGGCGGAGAAGGAGCUACUAGCACAAGCAUUCAUUCAUUUGAAUCAAAUGCAUCGCUUCCAAAACCCAUCGAUGAAGAAGAAAUGGAAACAAACGAUAACAGAGAAGGCGAAGGAGGAGCUACUAGCACAAGCAUUCAUUCACCUGAAUCUACAAAAGAAAGGCAAAAUCGUUUUCAAGUCAUGUGGCUCGUGAAUGGCGUUGGCUUGACUGCACUAAGGAAACUUUUUAUGGAUAUUCACCCCACUUGGUCAAACAAUUCUGCAGAUGCAAAAUCUCUUGAUAAGGGACGCAUGAUACUCAGUGAAGAGCAUGAAUUGGUUGCUUUCAAUAAUGGUGACAUCAACAAAUGGGAUGUUUCACUCAUUACAAAGGUACUCCUAUAUUCAAAGAAAUGCAAAGAGGUAAUCUCCAAGAGACUGGGAUUUAAACGUGCUAUUUGCUGCAUUAAACGUUAUAAGGACAAGCUGGUUAGCCAUGCAUGUGAUGAGAAAAUGUCUGAUGCUGAUUACCAAGUCCAUUGGCCUGCAAUAUCUGGACAUCUAGAAACUAUUGGAGCAAGCAAGGAAGAAAUUGAUACAAUUCUCAAAGAAAAUGGCAAGGUUUACCAUGACCAGCUGAGUUCCCGACAUGACUAUCCUAAUUGGGAUGAAUGGAUGAAGUUCCGUAAUAAUGUACGCAAUUUUGACCAUUCCCAGAACAACUAUAUUCUUGUGACUGACGCAAUAUCACCAGAAUUGACGGAGUGCUACUCCGUUUUUCGAAGUGUCCCAUGGAAAAUGGUCCUGGAUUUUGACCCAUCUUCCGAAGAGGCGGGAAUGUACCAAGACUUCACUUCAAAGGAUGGAACAAGCAGCCUCAUUAACAUGAUCACACCCGGAGAAAUACGUCGUCUACCUUUCUCCAGUCUUUCUCGGCACAUUGAUGCGAAAAAAACUCAAUGGAUGUUUGUCAAUGGAAGAAAGAGUGACGGAUCUGAUGGUGGGCCUCAACACUUUGAGGACUGGGAAGAUGUUUCACUCAAAGAAAUAACAAAGUUUUUUGGAUGCUUUUCUGAACCAGACAAAUUCGAUAAGAAUAUGCCAGUAAUUUGCCUUGUUUUGCCUUUUAAAAAAGAAUCAGUUCCUUUCAUUGAAGUAACGCUGAGAAGACUGGUGGAAAAUUUCAAUGAAUUUAACUUGCAAUUUGUUGGAAUCAAGCAAGACCAGUGUGGUGCCCUUUCAGAUAGAUUGCUGAAGAAGAUAAACUUGCAAGCUACAGAUCUUGGACCACAACUUUUGCGUCUAGCAAUGGAAGACCUAUUCCAUAUUUCAUCAGAACAAAGUUACUGCAUGCCAACUUCUCAAGCAAAUGUGCCCGCAAAGCUAACACAAAAGGAAUAUCUCUAUCUCAAAGAGUAUUUAGAUGUGCUGUACGAAGGCUGCGAAGAUCCUGCAGACCUGAUCGAUGACGAUGAUGAUUUCGUUGAAGAACGUAAAAAGUCAUUUAUGUCCGGGAAUUGUAUCUCUUUCGUAAGCCUCUCUUACAACCAUGAUGCAAAAAGAGAAAUCAGCAACGUCAUUCGCACCCAUAUCCAACGUAUCCUAGAUCAGGGUCCUAGUACACACCCAUCUAUUGUUGAAAUUUCUCACUCUCCGGGCUCAGGGGGAUCAACAAUAGCGAGGCGUGUGAUGUGGGAUUUACACAAGUCUUAUCCAUGUGUAUUUGCAAAGCUUGAGGACCAUAAAAAUGAUCUCGAAGAUGAUAGUACAUUUUUAGAUCAUCUUGCAGACCGCAUAAUUUUUGUGCAAGAUAAGUGCUACACAACGCCUGUGGUCCUCCUAGAUGGAAAGCAUACGAGUAUUGAAGCUCUAAGCAGUAGGUUGGCUCGUAACCUAAAUAGCAAAGGUAGGAAAGCUGUAUUGCUGAGAUGUAAUCAUACUUCAGGAGAGGGCAAAAGUCAAAGUAUCCCUGAAUCUUCAGAGGUCCAUGCUAGGUUUUGCGUUAAUGUAAAGCUUGAAAAAUCAAAGGCGGACCUCAAAGAAUUUAAAGACAAAUAUAAAGAUUAUAUCGAAGAUUUUAAGAAGAUCAAAUCAGUGUCAGGCCUGUCUAGAGUAUUUCAUUUUCCUCUUUUAGCUAUGUUGGGGGAAUUUAGACCCAAGCUACAGCAGAUAGUUUAUGAAAGUUUCGAUGAGAUGGAACCUCUGGAAAAGGAAAUAGUGCUUGUUGUCGCCUUCCUACAGAAGUAUGCUGCACGAGCAACACCAGCUCCACUCUUAUACGCUGCAUUUAAGAACUCUUUCCAGCAGAGUAGUAAGCAAGCUAUUACAUACGAGGACAUUAGCAAAAUCAUCACAGAGCCGUUAUCGAAUUUAAUGGUGCCUGCAGACCCUACUAAAUUCCUUUAUCAAGGACGAUACAAAAGGCUCAACUAUUUUCAAGAAAGAUAUACCCUUCAGCAUCCUGAUGUUGCUGAAUUAGUCCUCAAGAAAGCAAAGAUGACUUUAAAGCAGGACACAAUGGCUAUAACCCGUGAUUUCCUGGGUUUUCCUAUUUAUGAUGACAUCCGCUUUAUCCCUCUAAUGAAGGAUUUGUUUGUGCUUAACGGGAGUCUACGAGGGGGCGGAUUCUCUUCAUUGUUCAAGGAGCUAAAUGCGAUGAAUUCCAAAGAGGCUGGAGAACUGUUCUGUGAAGCUGCAGAUAAGACCAAGGAUGUUGCUGUCGUUACAGGUGCAGCUCGGUUUUUUGCUAACCUGCAGUCGCCAAGUUUCGAAAAAGCUAAAGAAUUGACCGAUAAGGCGUUUGAAUGUAGGAAUGCAAAAGACAAACGCAAUAAAAUAUAUGACGUAAAGGGAGUAGUUCUGUCAAAAGAAAUACGGUUCCUGUCAAACAACGAGCAAAUAAACUCUUUACAAGAAUUGCAAGGUUUGGCAGAGAAAGCUAUAAGUUCAUUUAGGAAAGCAAAAUCCAAUUUCCCUUCCUUUCCUAAUCCUCUUAUUGGAGAGGUUAAGACGUGGUUGACUUGCAUAGAUUGGAUAACGAAAACCCGCUUCAAUGGGGAUUCCAAUAAGACCUUGGAGUUCAUCACGUCACGUGAAGCGCCUUCGUUUUUCCAAACUUGCAUAAACCACUCCUUUAAUCUUCUAGAUACUGUCGAUGAAAUAGUUCAGUCAGCUAACAACUUGCCAGAUCCAGACAAGACACAGAGGGAGGCAAACAGAUUAAGACUGGGACUAAUAAAAACAAUCAGAAAAUCAAAUGAAGGACGAUCGGCAGAGGAAACGGAAGUCGUUGAAGUAUGUAAGGCUCUGUGUUCCGCUGAGUUUCCGGCUUCAUCAGAACUUGAGCUAAAACGUCUUCAAGUACAAUACCUCUUAAGCUCUGUGAAGCAGAUGGAAAGCUUAAGCACAGAGGCUCUCCAGUACCUAAUGGAACUACUAACAGAAUUGGUCGAGGUCGAGAAAGACGCAGUUUUUGCUAAACACCUAAUGAAAGUUUGCAUUCUUAUUGAUGGUUUUUCUUUGGAUAGAGGUCUCGAAGCUUGCGAAAUCUGGAGCAGAAUAUCCAAUUAUGAUCCUUUUCCUUAUUUUUACGAAAUGAUGAUCUGUUUCCUCGAGAUACUGGAUGGACGUACAUUCGAGUAUAGAUCGAAAUAUCAUGAGUCUCUGGAUAACUGUAAAGCCAAAUCCCAACACAACUAUAAGAAAAUGAUGUCCACGCAUUUUUUGGGUAAGGAAGGGGAAGGAAUGUCUCGUCUCAUGACCAAAGCUGCUUUCUUCAGUGGCGAAACAGAAUAUAAGUCUUCUAUCAGUGAAGUAGCUGAAACCUAUUGGAAAACGAAAAGCCGCAAAAAGCUUUUGGAGUGUUGUGGUCGAAUAAAAAGUCGUACGUCCUCUAGUGGAAAGGAUGACCAUCUUAUCAUUGAGCUUCUUCAAGGCAACGUCGAGCUUCACGUUGCCAGAAAGGCUAGCAUUGGAGCACCGGAUCGCGAUUUUGUCCCUGGAAGUAAGGUUUACUUCGUUGUUAGCUUUAACCUUUUGGGACCAGUUGCCAACGGCAUAACUUUCAAGCCAUCAAAUGAGCGAAGUGACACAGAAGAGAAGUAAAAUCCUAACCACUAUAUGUACAAGGCAUUGAAACUGAACCCUGCUGUCAGUGUACCAUAUGCAAACAAUAAUAGAUAAUUAUUAUCUAUAUCAUAUUGAAACAGUCCAGCAUGUUUCGUAAAACCACUUUGUCAAGGUUCAGGAAAAUUGAAUUUCAAGAACUGAAGUCUCGUACAAUAACGAACAUAUAGACAGUAGAGAAAGGCACAGACUCCAUCGGAACAAAAAAAUUAAACUUGAAUGUGUACUGAUGCCAAAGAUUUUAUUAUCAAGCAUGCUUAGUGAGAUGCAGUUAGACAAUCUGACCAGGAUGAAGCAACCAGUUGAAAAACGGCGAGGUCCACGCCAUAAGUAAAAAUGGAUUAGGCUUCAUUUGAUAGUAGGUAGCUAGCUAGAUAUAGUCAUUUAAUAAUAUUACCACAACAAAGGUCUUGGACCUUUCAUAAUGGCAAACGAGGUGCAUUGAUGUCGCGCUUCACCGUAUAGAAAAAAGUGAUCGAAGUUUUCUCAAUUCGCUUUUGCCUUCAAAUUUGAAUUUUUUUUUUUUUAUAAAUUCAACAAAUUUCCUCUAUUUCUGAUUUACUUAGCCAGAUUGUACGUUUUUAUUCAAAAGGACAAUGGGAAGAAUGAUAUAAAACGCCAUUUUUUAGCCAUAUAUUCAUAGAAAUAACCAGACCAAAUAGGGGAAAAAAACUUUAUUCUCGACUUUCACAUCCCCAUAAUGCCUUGCGUUUUUGGGGGGUAACCAAUCAAAAAACUGUCCCAAAUUGAAAGGU